AAUGCAGGAUUUGCAUUAGUCCACUAGUUGGGUGAUACUAAUGCAAUAUAGUUAUUGUUAGUUUGCUUACAACAAAAGCUGUACUCUGCUCACCAGAAAUGUGUUCAUUUUGUUUGUAGGAAAGUGAUGUUUCUACCAGACUGUGUAGGUGCUUCAGUAGAAAAAGCAUGCGAAAACCCCAGUCCAGGUUCAGUGAUUUUGCUGGAAAACCUGCGUUUUCAUGUUGAGGAAGAGGGCAAAGGUCUUGAUAAUGAAGGGAAAAAGAUUAAAGCAAGUCCAGAGUCAGUUAAAGCAUUCCGCGAUUCCUUAGCAAAGCUUGGAGAUGUUUAUAUCAAUGAUGCUUUUGGCACAGCUCAUCGAGCUCACAGCUCAAUGGUAGGUGUUGACUUGCCCCAGAGGGCUGCAGGAUUUCUGAUGGAAAAAGAGUUAGUGUACUUUGCCAAAGCUUUGGGAAACCCUGAAAGACCAUACCUGGCUAUAUUAGGAGGGGCCAAGGUUGCUGACAAGAUUCAGCUCAUUGAAAAUUUACUGGACAAAGUAAAUGAGAUGAUCAUUGGAGGUGGAAUGGCAUACACGUUUACUAAAGUACUUAGUAAUAUGGAGAUUGGGAAAUCACUCUUUGAUGAAGAAGGAUCUGAAAUAGUUCAGGGGCUCUGUGCAAAGGCCAAAGCAAAGGGAGUAGCCCUUCAUAUACCUGUUGAUUUCAUCACUGCAAGUAAAUUUGCUGAUGAUGCAGAGGUUGGGAGUGCCACUUUAGAAUCUGGAAUUCCAACAGAUUGGAUGGGAUUAGACAUUGGUCCAGAAAGUCUCAAGAUAUUUGUCCAAGCCGUGGAACGAGCUAAGACAAUCGUGUGGAAUGGUCCCAUGGGUGUGUUCGAGAUGGCUAAAUUUGAAUCAGGAACCAAAGGUGUUAUGGAUGCAGUUGUUGCAGCAACAAAAGCUGGUGGAGUAUCUAUUAUAGGUGGAGGAGAUACAGCCACUUGUUGUGCUAAGUAUGGUACAGAAGAUCUUGUCAGCCAUGUGAGCACUGGGGGAGGUGCUUCCCUUGAACUGCUGGAGGGUAAAACUCUCCCAGGUGUUGCCGCCUUAUCAAAUGCCUGACUAGGCAAUAGUCAUCUGUAGGCUACAAACAGCAAGAACUUAGAGUAAACUGAUUUUAAAUAUAACAUUUAGUUAGACUGCUAGCUGGUUAAGUUCUCAAACAAAUCUUACAGCAACAUUCAAAGAGCAAAUAUUAUUUUUCUGGCGUAAAUAAUCCUGAAAUUUCGUCUCAAAUUGUAGUUGUACGAACCAAUAUAUCUGAUCGGAAAAGUGAUAUGGCGAUGUUCAGUUUUAAUCAAACUCACCGCAAGGGGGUCUCAACGGGGUAGACAGCUGACGGUUUAAAAACAUCAUUUUUUGAUGAUUAAGAUCUGAGCAGUACAUACGCUUAGCCAUGGUGGUGCGCUACAGUAGUUCUCCAGCUAGUUUACAGGUAUAUCACUAAAAAAGAGAUUUUAAAAUAAAAUGGAGUGACAAAAAUUGAAGUAGUAGUUGGCAAGAUUUCCGUAUUUUUCAAUACACCUACAUCUUAAAUCCUUGUUGAAAGAAAACUAAUGCCCAAACAAUAGGAGUACCUUUGGAAAUUACACUUAUUGUUCAACAGGUUUCUCAUAAAGCGCUGACGAUUCUCACGAUAAUUUUCGACUAGACUUUCGUGUAAUUGCCUUUGAAAAAGAACAAAAGGACGAAAGGCUAGUUCACUUGUCGAGAAGUUGAUUUCUUUAAAUAAAGAUCGAAAUGUAUUAAAAGGAGAACAAUCUUA